AUUUUUAAUUUCAUUCUAAUUUCAACAAUUUUCUUCACGCAAAACUAUUAUUACAAAUAGAAUUUAGUGAUAUUUAUCGCAAAGAGUAAAAAAGGCUGAUAAGAACAAACAAAAAACAAAAACGCACAAACCAGCGACAAUAGUGUAGAAAAUAGUAAAAAAAAAACUAAAACUAAUAUAAACUUAUAACGCACAAAGCAUAUUCCAUUUACAUAUAAUUAUAUACAUAAAUAAAUUGAAGCACAAAAUCAAAGAAUAGCAUUUAUAACAUUUAGAUGUUCUCGUCCGCUUGGAGAAACGUACAGCAGGGUGUUGUACGUAAUCUGACCGCUGCUUAUUUUCGAGGUGUGUGCAGUAGUGGUGGUCGCCCGCUUGCCGGUGCGAGUGCAAUUGUACUAGCCACCAACCGGUGUAGUCCGGAAUUUGUGUCGCUGCGACGAAAUGAUAAUCAAAUCCAAAAAUUGUUGAAAGUUGGUAUAAACAGAAUGCAUAGUUCCGUAGAAGAUUUGAAAUUAAAUUCUAUGCAUAUAAAAGUGCUGCCAGCAUUGCAGGACAAUUUCAUGUAUUUGAUUAUCGACAACACAACAAAGGAAGCUGCUAUUGUUGAUCCUGUUGACCCGGAGAGUGUACUUGAAGCUGUGCGUGCAGAAAAUGUACAACUUACUAAGGUUUUAACCACUCACCAUCACUGGGAUCAUGCCGGCGGUAAUGAGAAAUUAGUAAAGCUUUUCGGCAAGCCAUUGACAGUUUAUGGUGGCGAUGAUCGUAUUGGUGCGCUAACAAACAAAGUUAAACAAGAUGAUAGUAUAACUAUUGGCAAUUUAAAAGUUAGUUGCCUUUUCACACCCUGUCAUACAACAGGACAUAUUUGUUAUUUUGUUGAGUCACCAAAUGGCGAUGAUCGUGUAGUUUUCACCGGCGACACACUCUUUCAAGGUGGCUGUGGGCGCUUUUUUGAAGGCACACCCGAUCAAAUGUAUUCAGCUUUAUGUGAGAAAUUGUCUUCCCUGCCCGAAGACACAAAAGUAUUUUGUGGUCAUGAGUAUACAUUGCAGAAUAUGGCCUAUGCACGCCAUGUAGAACCAAUGAAUGAUCGUAUUAUGAAGCGUAUAGAAUGGGCAAAAUUGCGUCGUGCUACAAAAUCACCAACCGUGCCCUCAACAAUUGGUGAGGAGAAGUCUUGGAAUCCAUUUAUGCGUGUACAUGAACCUAAUGUACAGAAACAUGCUGGUGAAAAAGAUCCUAUAAAAACAAUGGGCAGUUUACGUAAGGAGAAGGAUAAUUUCCGGGCUUAAAUUUCAGCAGCAAGGGAUCU